GUAUCUUGAAGAGGUUGAGAAAUACUUCAAGCCAGGUUCUGUAACUGAGAAAAAGACAUAUUUUGAGGAGCUUUUUAGAAGAAGGGCACUUCUAAGCCAGAGUUCAUCCGACUGUCAGGAUGGGGCUAAUUCUCAAGCUAGUAAUGAUGGAUUUGAGAAUACAGAUUAUGAGGAGGACUUUGAGCAUGCUAGUGAAAAUGAAGGUUAUGCGGAGCGCUUUGAGCAUGUUAAUGAAGUUGGCCAUUCAGCACGCUUUGAUGAAAAUUAUGAUAGCUCAACCCAUUUAUCGAAGAAUGAAAAGUAUCAAGACGAGAAUACAGGCUAUGAUGGAGAUUCUGAGCGAGUGAAUGAGGUUGGUGAUUCUGCACGCUUUGAGGAGAGUUUUGAUGGAUCAAAUAAUGGAGACAUCGAAUUCACAGAAUUUGGGGGAGAAGGAUCAAGCAACAGAGACAUUGAAGUCAUAGAAUGUGGCGGAGAAGAUAGUAUAAGUUGCCAUUCUGGACCCCAGACUGAACAAGAUACCAAUAGUUUUGAUGUUCUUCAGAGUGUUCCUGAAUGUCUGGAAGCUGCAAAAUUUAAUCUCAGUGCUGGAAAUUCAGCUUUUAAUGAUCUAAAGGUUUCUUCGGGUUCAAAAGCUAAUGUACUUAAUCAACAUAAAAGCAGUGAAGAACAGCUAAUAGCAAGAAAGGUUGUCGCUUCUCGUGCUUCCUGUACAGAGAAAGUUAGCCAUAAAUUAUAUCAAAGUGUAAACAG